CACAUCUCGGUGGGAACUUGACGGCUGAUCUGUCAAGCAGCGGAACUUCUGGUGUGGCCCUUUUACGAGAUCGAAAGAUCACGAAUUUUUUUUAAGUGUAAAAUUUUUAAAUAACUAUUGUUGUAUUAUGGCAACCUGUGGGGAAUACAUUCGUAGCCAGUUUCCGACAAUAGACGACGAUCUGUAUCAAUACGUAAAAGAUAUCCUGGACAGUUCCAAGGAUGACUUCGAGGAUGGCGAUGAGAUAUACGAGGCGAUCGGACAAGUGUUGCACGAAGUGGCCGACAAAUCAGAAAACGAGGUUAGGCAAAUAUGUGUGAAAUUAUUGGAAAUAUUAAAGGGCAGCUCAAAUAAUGAUGACAUAAAUAGGAGAAAAAAUGGUGUUAAUAAAGUAUUAAAUGCUCCAGUUCAUUUGGGAUCAUUAGCUGCUACUUUAGAAGCCCAAGUUGAACAAAUUAAGAGUAUAUGGGUUACUACUAGAGAUGAUGGAAUGAAGGUAGAUGCUAAAAAAUUAGAAAAGGCUGAGGCUAAAUUGCAACAAAAACAAGAGAAACGUAUUGUAAAUGAACAAGGAUCAGCCUCUCGUAUUAACACUGCCAAUUAUUCGACUGAAAGUGCAGCUAGCGCCAGUCAAAUGAUGAGUAAAAAAGAUAGUAGAAUGGAGACCAAAGGUGGAAUGAAUAAAACGCAAGAUAUUAGAAUUGAGAAUUUUGAUGUUGCGUACGGCGAUAGAGUGUUGUUGCAAGGUGCUGACUUAACGCUUGCUUUUGGCAGGCGAUACGGUUUAAUUGGUAGGAAUGGUCUUGGAAAGACCACUUUACUUCGAAUGAUUUCAAGUAAACAGCUAAGGAUACCGUCGCACGUGCGAGUGUUGCAUGUCGAACAAGAAGUAGCCGGCAACGACACAUCCGCGCUAGAGUCUGUAUUGGAAUGCGAUCAAGAACGAAGCGCGUUACUCAGUCAAGAGGCAAGAUUGCAAGCAGCGAUAGAGAAGGACGGCUCCAAAACAGGCGAUGCGUUAGGCGAAGAUUUGGCUCGGGUGUAUGAAGCAAUGCAAUUGGCCGAGGUUGACAAGGCGCCCGCUAGAGCAAGCGCUAUAUUAUCAGGACUUGGAUUUUCCGUAGAGAGACAAUCUUGGCCAACUAAAGCGUUUUCCGGUGGUUGGCGAAUGAGACUCGCUCUCGCAAGGGCUCUAUUCUCUAAACCAGAUCUGUUGCUACUUGACGAACCAACAAACAUGCUCGACAUCAAAGCGAUACUCUGGUUAGAGAAAUAUUUACAAACGUGGCCGACAACAUUACUCGUGGUAUCGCACGAUCGGAAAUUCUUAGACACAGUGCCUACUGAUAUUUUAUAUUUACGUGGGCAAAAAAUAGAAGCAUAUCGUGGUAAUUACGAGCAAUUUGUGAAAACGAAAGGCGAGCGUGAACGAAAUCAACAACGAGAAUAUGAGGCUCAACAAGCGAAGCGAGCUCACGUACAAGAAUUUAUUGACAAAUUUCGUUAUAAUGCAAAUCGAGCAUCUAGUGUACAAAGCAAGAUAAAGAUGUUGGAGAAAUUACCUGAUUUGAAGCCAAUGGAAAAAGAGAGUGAAGUAACACUCAAUUUCCCCGAUGUUGAGCCAUUGAGUCCGCCGAUAUUGCAACUCAACGAAGUUUCCUUCAGCUAUAACGCAGGUGAUAUGGUAUUUAGCAAUGUGAAUCUUACUGCCAGUUUACAAUCGCGCAUUUGUAUUGUCGGCGAAAACGGAGCAGGCAAAACUACCCUCUUGAAAAUCAUCACAGGCGCAUUGAGUCCGACGCGAGGCACGGUGCAUGUGCACCGUAAUUUAAAAUUCGGAUAUUUUAGUCAACAUCACGUCGAUCAAUUGGACAUGCGCGUCUGUCCCGUCGAAUUAUUACAAAUGCAUUUUCCAGGCAAGCCAAUCGAGGAGUAUAGACGAAUGCUUGGAAGUUUUGGAAUAAGCGGCAAUUUGGCGUUACAAACAAUAAACUCCCUUUCAGGGGGACAAAAAUCCAGAGUUGCAUUUGCCUUGAUGUGCGCUGCAAUGCCUAAUUUCCUAGUACUUGAUGAGCCCACGAAUCAUCUCGAUAUCGAAUCUAUUGAAGCUCUGGGAAAAGCUCUCAAUAAUUGCCAGGCUGGUGUAAUAUUAGUUUCGCAUGAUGAACGUUUAAUUCGAAUGGUUUGUACAGAAUUGUGGGUUUGUGGAGAAGGAUCUGUUCGGUGCAUCGAAGAAGGUUUCGAUGAGUAUCGCAGAAUUAUCGAAAGAGAGCUUGAAUUAUAAAAACAAUUAUUUACAGAAUGUAAUUUUUAGCUCAUACGAAUUUAAUAUCUUCAAUUAUUUAUCUUUCUUCAAUGAAUUGAACACUAAUAUGCUUUAUAUCCUAUUACGUACAACUAAAUAUUUGGAAAGUUGCAACUUUAAUAAUACUCCACUAUGAGAGUAGAAAAAAUAAUAAAAAAAUAUAGGUAAACAUAUUUCUACAUAUUACAUUUGUACCAAUACAGUAGUAGUCAUUAUCUUGCAUGUAUGUAAAAACAAAUUGUAUUUUUACUAUACUAAAAGAUACAAGAUAUAUA